AGGUGGAUGUGACGUCACGGACCCAGAACAUCAAAAAAUAACAACAUCCAAAUCCGCGGUUCUCUCUCUUUUCUGUGCGCGUGCAAGGCGCAAUAAAGUGUAAUAACAUCAGAAGCAGCUCACAUGCAUGAUCGGCGGAGAAAGGUGGCGUAAAACGUGCUCGAAACGGCGACGCUUCCAUACGGAGUGAUUGCAGUUGAAGUUAGUCCCGCCGGCGGAGUAAUAGUUAUUUACAGAGCUGUUUGUUGCACGCGCUCACGGUACACAAGGUCGCGUGAAGAGUUGAAUUAUUACCGCGCACGCGUCUAUCGGUCUCUAUUACACCCCGACUUUUAAGAGAAGCAAAGGGGAUUUGAGCAGACAGUCUACGAUCGUGUGUCAUAGCAGCUGAACUUCCUCCGGAGACAAUUGAACUGGCCGUGUCCAAUGGUUCCGCCUCUUCCUUGCCUUUGCUGAAUUUUGAUUGGAACAAUGGAAUGUCAACCUCGUCAAAACAAGUGACCGGGAGGAGAGUCGAGUGGUCCGGCCCUGUGGAUGCUGAGAGUUCAGAAAGGGCAGGGAGGUUAAACGACGCUGGAACUGAAGACGGCCUCAAUAAGCAAGUCCUCGGAUAAGGUUUUUAAGUCAUGAUGCAAGAGUCGGGGACAGAGGUGGCAAGCAACGGAACGGCCAAUCAGAACGGCAUCCCAGCUAGUUUGGAGGGACACCGUGAAGUUCGAUCCAAAAGUGCCACACCUUCUGAAAUCACAGCAUCUGACAUUUUGAACUUUCAUCAACAGCAGGCCUUACAAGUUGCUCGGCAGAUCCUUCUCCAACAACAGCAGCAAAGCAGCACCCACAAGUCCCCCAAAAACAAUGAUAAGCAGCCUGCGCCACAGGUCCCAGUUUCUGUUGCUAUGAUGACACCACAGGUCAUAACUCCUCAACAGAUGCAGCAGAUCCUCCAACACCAGGUUUUGAGCCCCCAGCAGCUCCAGCUGUUACUGCAGCAACAACAAGCACUGAUGUUACAGCAGCAGCAACUUCAGGAGUUCUACAAGAAACAGCAAGAACAGCUCCACCUUCAGCUCAUCCAACAGCAGCAUGGCACCAAGCUCCAGAGCAAAGAGGUGUCUGCGCAGCAGCUGGCCUUCCAGCAGCAGCUCCUCCAGGUUCAGCAGCUGCAGCAGCAGCAUCUUCUGAGUCUGCAAAGGCAAGGUCUGCUGUCCAUUCAGCCUAACCAGACUCUGCCCCUUCACUCCCUUACUCAGGGCAUGAUUCCAGCUGAACUACAGCAGCUGUGGAAGGAGGUAACAAACUGCCACGUGAAGGAGGAGAACAGCAUCACCAAUAACGGCCACCGGGGUCUGGACCUGUCAUCGCCUUCCCCCGUCCCCCCUAAAAACAUCAACCAGCACGGAUCCACCAACGGCCAGUACGGCAGCCACACACUCAAGAGAGAGAGUUCAACGUUGGAUGAUCAUUCUUCCCACUGUCAUCCCCUCUACGGUCACGGUGUCUGCAAAUGGCCAGGAUGUGAAGCAGUGUUCGACGAUUUUCAUUCGUUUUUGAAACACCUGAAUAAUGAACAUGCUCUGGAUGACAGGAGCACGGCGCAGUGUCGGGUACAGAUGCAAGUAGUUCAGCAGCUGGAACUGCAGUUAACAAAAGACAAAGAGCGUCUCCAAGCCAUGAUGACACAUCUGCAUGUGAAGUCUACAGAGCCCAAACCCACCCCACAGCCACUGAACCUGGUUUCCAACGUUACCCUGUCCAAGACGGCUCCCUCAGCCUCUCCGCCCCUCAGCCUACCCCAGACGCCCACCACCCCGACAGCGCCCCUUACACCGCUCUCCCAAACCCACUCCGUUAUCACCCCCACCAACCUGCACAAUGUGGGACCCAUGCGCCGACGCUACUCGGACAAGUACAACAUGCCAAUUUCUCCGGAUAUUGUCCAGAACAAAGAGUUCUAUAUGAACGCUGAAGUACGACCUCCUUUCACGUAUGCUUCGUUAAUACGACAGGCAAUACUAGAGACACCAGAUAAACAGCUAACACUAAACGAGAUCUACAAUUGGUUCACGCGAAUGUUUGCGUAUUUCAGACGCAACGCAGCGACGUGGAAGAACGCAGUGCGGCAUAACCUUAGUCUUCACAAGUGUUUUGUGCGGGUAGAGAACGUUAAAGGGGCGGUAUGGACCGUCGACGAACUAGAGUUCCAAAAGAGAAGGCCACAAAAGAUCAGUGGAACUCCAGCUCUCGUUAAGAACAUCCAUACCACUUUGGGAUAUGGUCCCGCCCUUUCUGCAGCCUUCCAGGCUUCAAUGGCAGAGAACAACAUACCUCUAUACACUACCGCUUCCAUCGGAAGUCCCACUCUUCACUCGCUUGCCAGCGCCAUCAGAGAGGAAAUGAAUGGGGCCAUGGACCACGGGAACAGCAACGGUAGUGACAGCAGCCCUGGACGCUCGCCCCUGCCAGCUAUGCAUCAUAUCAGCGUUAAAGAAGAGCCACUGGACCCAGAUGAACACGAAGGCCCCCUUUCCCUCGUGACGACAGCCAAUCACAGUCCAGACUUUGACCACCACAGAGAUUACGAUGACGACCACGUGAACGACGACAUGCUGUAAGCCUGGUUUCACCCAGGUCCUCUGCCGACGAGGCCAAACUACCUGCGAGACCACUCCAGAUCUAGCAAGCCCAAGACUGGAUUCACAGUACUCCUGUUGACAGCUAUUCAAAUGUUACUCUUAGUGCCAUUAAAUACGAAAUACGUGAUAAGAAAAAUCUAUUCCGUUUGGAAGUAUUUUUGAUUUGUUUCUACUUUUCGGUUGAAAGACAUGUGUAAAUUUCUACUCGUCACUUGACGAAGAGACGUUUGGUACUGGGGGCCUGCUUCUACUUCCUUUUGGCAUCUGAGACCAGAGCGGACAUUAAAACACAGCUGAGAAAGACUGGCUCAUCGCCCUCUGAGUCAAAUAAACACUGAUCAGAACUGCAAAGCACACACACACACACACACACAAAUCAUUAGUGCUCGGAGCGUGCCACUCACACGUUGUGCGUGUACGGAUGUGACUUUGUCUCUGCCGUCUUAAAGGGAUAGUUCACCCAAAAAUGAAAAUUCUGUCAUCACACUCUUGUUGUUGUUUUGUGAAACACAACAUUUUUAAUAAUGUAUUUACUUUCCAUUUAAUGAAAGUGAAUGGGGACUGGAGUCUUCUGAAGUCACUUGCAACUGAAAAAUCCUGACGUCCACCCUUGGCCAGUUCGUUUCUUUUUGGUGAAUCGGCACAAAAAACUGGUAGGCUGAGCAAGUAUCGACCAAAAUUUCAUUUGCGGACGAACUGUCCCUUUAAGUUUGCUUCCGUCACAGCUGGAAGAUGUCUGUCUGGUGAUUUGAGGGUUCCUGGGCAAAUAAUUUAAGCGUAGUGUCCUCUCAUUACUCUGUGCUGUUCGCUAUAUAUCUUUUUUGUUGGGUUUGCUUGUUUUUGGUAACUGAUCAGACCUCAUGAAUAAUAAUGUGGAGUUUAUGGUGUGCUUAGCACUGGAUGAAUGUGUAAGGCUUCUUUCCUCGUGCUAUUUUUCCUCUUGCUUUCCUUAAAAAUCGAAACGGAAUGUUGCAUUACCAUGUAGUAUUUUUCUGUCAUUUGUUCCUAGUGUUUCGGAUGGCCACACACACACACACACACAACGUCCCUCUGCAAAUGCACUACUCGUAAUGAAGGCUCCCUCUCCACGCACCAAUGAAGUUUAAUUUGCCCAUGGAAUAAAUGACAGAGAAAUCACGUUUAUCGUUAUGAAAUUAUACUUUCAAAAAUCCCCUUUCGUGGUGAUGCACGUAAGCGUCAACCGAAUCGCAAAUCAAAAGCAUCUAUAUUAUAAAAUACAAAUGUCAAAGCAGAGAGAGCAUUGUUAGACAGGAAGCUAAUUGUGAUUUUUAAACGUUGCUGUUGCCGUAUUUUUCCCUUUUGUAAUUUCACAAACUAUCUGGACGACUGCAUUCCUUGUAGUUUGAGUGUCUGUUUUACCACGUCAAUGACUGGUUCAUCCUCUCUGUUAUUACAGAUUAUUAAUUACACAUGAGAUAAAAGGUUAAAGGGAUUAUAAACCAAGGCUGACGUUAUAGCUAUGACCACUGAGCAUUACAGCACUGGGGCAGCCCACUUUGACAUCCACUUCAUCACUUUGGAAACGCUUGUUUCCAGCUGGUUGUUCCAGGCGAGUCGAACCCGGGAAGCAAGUCGGAAUUGAAAGCUGCUGCCAGCUUGAUGUUGGGACUGCGCAGAGAUUAGAAAGAGUUUAGAUUAGGGCUUUGUCUGGGGUUUUUUUAAGAACCGCAACCACUUUCUUUGUUCUUAUUUAUUACUUCCAUCGUUUGUCUUUUGUUUUUACAAGUCGCUAUUUUGUCUCUUAUCUGUGACUACCAAAGAUACAAGAUACUACAUAUUAUUCUGUGUUUCAUGCAAUAGCUAAACAAAAAAAGGCCAAAUAUGUGUAGUGUUCCCCGCACCGGCUGAGCGCAAAAGUUAUGAAAUGUUUCAAACUGUUUCGGGCUUAUGGUGAAUCGGUGAAAAAAGCCAAAGGGGUUGUGCGACGGGCAGCUGUUUGUCUUUGCCUGUGACCAAAAUAGGAGAGAUGGAGACCAACACAUGACCAAAUCAAAUCAAUGUUGUCUUUGGGCCAAUGAAAAGGAAUAAAGGGAGUGUUCUAUCGUGAAAUGAUGGCUAUAAAGGAGGAGGACACGGAUGAAAGAGUUUAGAACUGUAUUCACUGUCGUCACACGAUAUUUAAAUCCAGAAAGGGGAAAGCAUUUGCAUAACACAAUGUGAACUGAACUUCAGACUGGACCACACAAUGAUAGCUCGAUUUGUUCUCAUGCCUUUUUUUAUGUUGCCAUUUUAUUCUUUGAAAACGAUUGUAUGCCACUUACCUUGUAAAUCCACAACAGGAUUCCCGAUGUCCUUUGUUAUCCCUGGCAAUGCUCUAUGAUUGUGAUUUAGUGUCUGUCAACUUAUUACUUUUUUAUAUUAAAAAACACUCCUGUCAA